UUGAGCACAUCGCGUGGUGGAGUGGGGAAACCUCGUGGUUGAGUCUCAUAUUGCGUGCCCAGUGUUCAAAGCGUUCACGUUGUUCAGACAAUCACACGUGCCGUUUUGAGCUCCGGAUUUGAAUUGAAACUUGACCUCGAAUAACACCCGAACCCGCACUUCACUUACCGCGUGACUCAUCAUGGACGCCGAGUCCAACGCCAAUCUCUAUGUCUUUGACUACCUCAAGCGGACUAUCGGCGACAAAGUGGCCAAUAUGUUCAAGAAGAAGACUCAACUGACGGCCACCGAUCUGCCCCAAGGCUCACCCUCCAUCCCGGAAAUGGUGGCCUUCUACCAAAAGGAAGGGGCCGAGGGCAAGAAACGCAAACUGUCUUUUGGCGAGGCCAAAGGCAAAGCGGGCCAAAAGGCCAAAAAGGCCAAACGCGACGAGAGUGACGAAUCCGAUUCAGAUGACGAAGACGAAAAAGAGGAGGACAAGGCCCCAAAACAAGUGAAUGGCACUAAUGGCGUCAGUCAAAAGAAGGCCAAGAAAACCAAUCAAGAGUCGAGCGAAGAAAGCAGUGAUGAUGAUGAUGACGACGACGAGGAGGAAGAAGUGAAGAGCGCCCCCAAGCAACCCACGCGAAAGACCCCGGCCACGGCCACACCCGCCAAGACCAAGGCGGCCCCAGCCGAAGAGGAGGAAUCUUCGGAAGAUUCGAGUGAUGAAGACGAAGAAGAAGAGGAGAAGCCCAAGAAGCAAGUGAAUGGCACCAAUGGCGUCGGUCAAAAGAAGGAAUCCAGCUCCGAAGACAGUGAGGAUGACAGCGAUGAGGAGGAGGAGGAGGAGGCCAAGAGUGCCCCAAAGACCCCCAAGAAAACCCCCAAGAAGACCUCCCCGAAGGCCAAAGCCCAGAAAGAAGAGUCCUCUGAUGAAGAGGAUUCCGACGAGGACAAGGAAAACGUGAUCAAGAAAACCCCGGCUCCCGCCAAAAAGACCCAAGAGGAAUCCGACGAAGACAGCUCUGAUGAUGACGACGACGAUGAGGAAGAGGAAGCCACCCCCAAAAAGAAGACGGGUCCCAAGAAGGAGGAUGCCGAGGAGGAUGAGACCAUGGAGUUUGACAACACGCCCAAACGCGCCGGUUUAGGCUUCACUGUCGACAACCAAGGUGAUCACGCCUUUUCAGGUGGACGCGGCCGUGGCGGUCGCGGACGGGGUGGCGAUCGAGGCCGGGGUGGCGAUCGGGGCCGCGGUGGUGAUCGUGGACGGGGCGGCCGUGGCGGUCGAGGCGGUGGUCGAGACUUCAACAACCGCGACUUUAACUCUGGCCAAUCGCCUUCCAAUUGCUUUAAAUGCGGCGAACUGGGUCAUUUCUCCCGCGAAUGCCCCUCCGGCGGUGGCGACAAAUGUUUUAAUUGCAAACAGGAAGGUCAUAUUUCCCGUGAAUGCCCGGACCGCAAACCCCUGAGUUGCUACAAUUGUAACGAGACUGGACACAUUUCUCGCGAAUGCCCCUCGGGCGGUGGUGGUGGUGGUGGCGGCGGCCGUGGGGGCGGUUUCCGGGGUCGUGGAGGUGACCGAGGACGUGGAGGUGGCCGUGGACGGGGUGGACCUCGCGGUGGACGUGGCGGUAGCGGGAUGAGAAUCGAUCUCAAUGCCAGCGGUGGUAGCAAUAAGAAAAUCUCUUUCGAUUGAUUUCACAAAAUGAUUUGGAGAGACGAGCUCCUACGGGAUUUGUCUUGAAGAAGAAUUCAUACUGUCAUCUAUGAUGAGAAAGAAUAUUCGGGUCGUUUACGCGAUUCUAUGCUAAAGAUUGUAUUAACCUUUGUUUUCAUUUGCAUUCUUCGCCCUACCCCCAUACGAAUCUGCUAUUUUGAUUUCAAUACACCUUGAAAACGAU